AUUGGGAACCAACUAACAUACGGAUAUCAUUUGUUUUUGUCCCAAGAAAAUAACUGGCGAAUAUUUUCGGUUUUGUUUUGUUACAAAAACAUUAAAUCUUUUAAAACUAUCUGGUAAUGCAAAAAGUCCACCAUGUCUGUUGAUGUUGACAGAACUCUGUGGGUGGGUAAUUUAUCUGAGAAGGUGACAGACGAACUCCUAUAUGAACUUUUUCUUCAGGCUGGACCGCUUGAGAAAGUCUCCAUUGCAAAGGAAAGAGAUGGGAGAUUGAAGGGGUUUGCAUUCAUCACCUUCCAACACAAUGCUUCAGUGCCCUAUACCAUACAGCUUUUUGAAGGCUCCCAGCUUCAUGGCAGGCCACUUAAACUGCAGUGCAGACCAGGCUCUAUACAUCAGCAACAACAGCAACAACAGCAGCAACUGAUGAUGAACAUGAGAAACCCCUACCAGCAGAGCUCUCCAAUUCCACAGAACCCGUACAUGAACCCAAACAUGCCCAUGAUGCGCAUUAAUAGCCGGCCACAGAACCCGUACAUUGGCAACCAGUCACCAAUCCCACCCCAGCCAAACUUUCAGCGCUCACAUACAUGGCACGGUGGUGAGAUGAACUCCCUGUCUGAUAACGAGCAAUCUGGUACCCGGGAUGGGAGGGACGGGUCGCGAGAUCGGGACAAUGGAAGUAGUAGAGAACGUCACACCGAUAGAGGCAGACAUAGGCAUACUGACAGGGAUCGAGAUAAUUCUGGUCGAGACAGGUCAGGCAGCAGGAACUGGAAUGAGGAUUAUAGAGGGUCACAGAGCCCCAGUAGUUACAGGGAUGGAUAUGACAAUAGUGGUCAUGACCUGCAAGCCAAGAGACAACGAGUGUUGGAAAAGACUGACAGACUGAAGGAAAGUUAUCACCGGGGAAACAGACACCAGCAUGGUCAUGAUAGAAAGAGGGGAAGAUAUUGAGUUUGCAAUGUAAAAGUGUAUCCUGAUAUAUGUGUUCAUUAUUUUGUAAGGUGUACAAUUGUUUUUAACAUUCUUCCUUUCGUGAAGUGAGCCAAAAUUAGUUCGAUAACUUUGACUACAUGUCACAAACAAACUUCAUUUAAAACAGAAAUUGAUCAUGCCAAAUAGAACAGGGAAAACAAUGUUGAAAUGUGUGUUUCGGUAUACUUCUCCAAUAAAAGUGAUUUUGCUUCAU